AUGUCAGGCGACGACGAUCCAGCCCACCCCGCGGCCGACGCGGCCGCAGGCGGCGGGGUGGUUCGCGGCGCCGGCCCGCCAGAGCGCCUGUUGCAGCAGAUCACGCACCUUGAGAUCCAGGGCGGCCUGCACUGGCCGUACCUGCAGCACAACAUCCUGGAGCGCCUGCCAAACCUGACUCACCUCGUCGCAGGCGGCAGCCGUUACCCAGAAAACGCCGCAGACGACGCGGACGCAGCCGCCCGUGCGAUCGGCAUCCUUUCCGCCUGCGUGCUCGGCCACCGCCUGCAGAGUGUCUUCGCGCCCAACCUGGUGAUCAAUCAUAGGACGCACGCUUCCCUGUCGCGUCUGCCUUGCCUGUCCGAGCUCGUCGCCGACUGCAUCGACGAGCAGUGGCAGGACCCGUGCCUGCUGGAGCUCACGUCGCUGACCCGGCUGUGGCUGGCGCGGUCCAGGGGCACAUGGAAGCUCGGCGCCAACCUGGCCCAGGCCGAGCUGAGCUUAGAGGAGCUGACAAAUAUGGACUUGUCCCCCGCGACCGCCGACAAGCUAGCCCUUGCCGCGCCUCGGCUGCAGCGGCUGGCUUUCUGCAGCGCAACGUCAGGGCGGGGUGCGUGGGGCGUGCCAGUCACGCAUGCCUUCCAGAACGUGACGCACCUGUCCAUCCAGGUAUGCGAGGGCUUUGUCUCGGUCCAUUUGAAACCCCGCUUCCCAGCCCUGGAGCACCUGGCGAUUGUGGCGGCCUUGGACGUCCCCAGCGACGACGACGCUGAUGGCGACGACGGCGGCGCGCGGCUCGACAUCGCGUCCCUGCUGUCCGGCCUCACGGGCCUGCGGUCGCUGGCCCUGGAGCGCUUGGAAGUGGGGUGGAUCACGCCCCUGGCCCGGGACGCGAUCGCCGCGAUGACGCGGCUGGAGCAGCUCGGGGUUGCCGUAGACGUGGACGACCCCGCGUCCCUUGCUUGGCUGGCACGCGUGACGACGGCCGUGAGCUUGACUCUCGCGCCAGCGACGGCCACCAUGCACGACGACGACAGCCAGCCUGCGCGGGUCUCUCUGGCGCUGGAAGCUGCCGCGCACCUGCCCCGGCUGGCGUCCCUUGUGCUGAUGGUGCCACUCUCCACUUUGCCUAGUGCUUACCCAACCUCCUGGGAGCUCGCGCCUUUCCUGCGGUUUGCCCGCGGGACGACAUCCUUGCGCACCCUGGAGUUCCGGGACAUGCCGCUGCCGCCUCACGCUCUGCUGUGCGUGCUGGCGGCGCACCUCGGCCUCAAGGCUGUAGAGUUUUCAUGGGGGCCGGCAACGGAAGGCGACAUGACGCGCACAGCGGAGGUGGCCGACCUGUCUGCCGACAGCUGCUCGGCGGGCGGGCCGAGCAUGCUUUGGCAUGUGACCGAGCGCGAUCCCUGGAAGUGCAGGGCGUGCUCGUGGAAACUGCCCGCUUUUGAAUGGUGA